ACUGGCACCCAUGGAACUGUUAUCUUUCCUCAUGAAGGUUAGUCUCUAUGAAGGGUCCUACUAUACCAGUGAGUUAGAAGGCGUUCCACUUGACCUUAUGAAAGCCUUUUAGCUAUUUAUACAACUGUUUGGGGAACAACUACCAUGGCAGCUUCCAUCAGAAUGUAGCAAUAAAUACAUCCAGGGAAAGAAUGUUUUGUGUUUUUAUACUGUACCACCCAUUGCUGAAAAUUUAAUGGACAUUGCACGCCAUAUGUCUAAAUUCAUAACUAUUUAACAUAUUUUGCAUAUACUGCAACAGCCAGAGACAUAAAGUUGGAGAAAACCGCAGUUAAUAAUUAUUGGCACCAGAAUGCGUGGGAUAUUGAUUUAUUUAUAUUUAUUAUCAGUGUAGGUGAGGUAAAGGCCAAACUUAGAUAUAAUUGAUUUCUCAUGGUCACGCCCCCAUCCCACUAGCAAUAAAUAGGAAAGUGUCGCCCUGUCAGAUACAACUUCAAUAUCAGUCUCUGCGGCUCCUGUGCAACUACAACUCACAAUGAGAUCUGCUGUGGGAUUCCUGUGCCUGCUCUCAGCUCUUGUAUCCACAGGUUAUUCUCUGUCCUGUAUAGAAUGUUCUGCUUACAAUUCAGCCUCUUGCUCAGGUCCUAGUGUCCCAUGUGCAUCCGGUCUUUGUGCUUCUUCAUUCAUCCAAGAAUCCAGUCCAGUUGGAAGCAUUAUGCAGAUUAAGAGAUUUUGUGCGGCUAAAGCACAAUGCGGUGAGACUGGCAGCGCCACCUAUGGGUAUGUCCGGAGACACAUGAUUAACAGCUGCUGCGACACUGACGACUGCACCCCAGAGGUACCCAAAUUCGUGAGAGACUAUAAGCCGAAUGGAUUCCGUUGCACCAGCUGUUUCCCUCCAAACUCGGAGGAAUGUGACCCGGCGAAGCGUAUCGGGUGUAGCGGGGGUGAAGACAAGUGUUUCAUCCAUUUAUUUCAGCAUAAUGGGAUCGAUACUGAAUUUGCUUUCAGGAUUGGAGGUUGUGCCACUGAAUCCAUGUGCCAGCCUGAUAAGUUCAGUGAGUACAGCUAUGAAGAGGUCUCUACCACCUGCACCCAGGCAACCCAGUGACUCCCGUAGCCGUAUGGAGUUUGGAGGAGCUUUUUCUAUGGGGCGUCUAACCUCCCUGCCAAAAAUAAUCCUUAUUGAUUCAUUUCUUUUGCUAAAUCUCUAAUUGCAGGACACCAGGAAAGGCAUCAAUUAUACCUUAUAGUAGUACAUUAUCCACCAACCAUAGUUGGUCAAAAGUCUGGCAAUGCCAUUUACUGUUUGGAAGCACCUGAUUGGUUGCUAUGGGGUGGUAUUAAGGCAGGGGCAGACAACUCAUGAUCUCACUAUAAAAUUGUCUGAUGUCACAGUGACCUGUUGCCUACUGAUUGGAUUAGGUUCCUACAGCAAUGUUGGGGAGAAGAAUGAAGCCUGAAAACAAUCAACAGCCCAGGACCCCAUGUGAAAUAAAGUCGUAGCAACAGUCCUAGUCACUAUGUAUCAGACUGGAUAUGAAAUCUCUAAUUGUGCCUUUCCUUGUGUCCCAUUUUUCUUUUUCUGUACCCUAAUGUGUAAAAUGCGCUACCACCUUAAAAUAGUAUUGAAAAAGUAGCAGAAGUUGAAAUAAAAUAUUUUU